CAAUCAACUCGCCUUGUUUCUAUUAUUUACAAAAUAGUUGACAUUUGUGUUAGUGUUUGUUAGUGCUUAACUAAAAACCAAUUUUACUACCAUUAAUGGCAUGCCUACCACCUUGCGUCACUUUUGAAACGCCAACGGUAACGCCGUGCCCAGGUGCAGCUCGUGCCGUGCCAAUUAUACCACCAGGUGUACCACCGUGUCAGGUCUGCCCGUACAAUGUUUCGGUACCUCUCGUUCAGCCCGGGCAACCAUCACUACCAAGCCCCCAAAAAAAGAAAAAAUGCAAGUACAUACAGCCAUCAAGGCCGAAAUCCUUCGCACCCAUUCGAAAGUUUAAUCCUCCCGAUUUGUCAAUGGAAGAUGGAACCGUUUACCGUAAAUCCUACGUUCCCUUUGAAAAUGGCAGGGUAGAGCCUAUAAGACCAACGAAUAAUUUGUGCGUAGGCGAAGGCGAGUUUACAAAAAAUACGGUACACAACAUGUCCUUCCAACCGCACAAGACGCUACCACCCUGUCCCAUUCUUCCUUGCAACCACAAAUUGUUGGGAGACGGGCCUAUGCAGGACGUAACGACUAACAAGCACGAUUACGUUCCAAAGUGCCAAAAACCCGUAGGAAAAUUCUCCCCAAAGCCGAACCUGUUUUCGAGCGAUUGUCCCCUAAGCGACAAGACCACAAAUCGCCUCUCCUACAUGCCCGUUGAAACGUCCAAGGCGCGUGUCUCCGCCAUCCGUCCGAUUCCGGCCUUGACAAAGGCGACGGGCGCGUUUGAAAAGAACACGGUACAGAAGAUGUCGUACAUGCCCUGGGAGUUACCGGAGAGGUUGGAUAUGCCCUGGGCUCAGAAAACCAAGUUCAGUCCUCCCACGUUGAGAAUGUCGGGUGAUACUGUGAAUAAGCUCAGUUACGCUCCGCCCGGCAGUUACGUCGAGUGCGACGAUAACGAUCCUUCUUGUGUUGAUUGCCCGGAAGAUCCGUGUGAUUUAGGACAGACGGCAAUGGAGACGUGCUAUUGUCCAAAAGCGUCUUGCUAAUUGUCUAAUUUGCUGUGGAAAUUUUCGGUGACUUGUAUACUACCGCUUUUGUCAUAUACUUAACAUAUACAAAAUAUUAUAAAAUUAGAACCAAAUAUACUAUACAGCUCUACUGGUAGGUUCUCAUAUUCAAGCACCUUACUUACUUUCAUCUACUCUAA